UGGUGCGGCCCGGUACCAAAUGGCCCACGGACCGGUAGCGGUCCGCGGCCCGGUGGUUGGGGACCACUGCUUCAGAGCACUCGGCUUCCUCUCGUCGUGGAUGCUGCGUGAUUGCCAUCUAGCAGCGUCCAGAGUGAACUGCAGAGUUCAACAAGUUCAACGUCAGACUCCAUUUCCCAGUGUUAUAGGAAACCUUCAGUACCUGAGUGAUCUCAGAGGAUUCGGGAGAAAUGGAACUGAUGUAUUAAACAGAACCUUGGAUGUCCACAGGGGAAACUGAAAGUGUGUCUUGAGCUCAAAAGCAUUGAGACAGUCAGGAUCAGCACUUCUCGAUAAACUCAGGCGUUGCAAAGACGAGGCUAUUCUUAAGUCUCAUAAUAGUCCACUGAAAGUACCAGGACACUCCUUGAGUGGACACCAACCCGUUCUUACAACAUCCUUCACAGAGCAGAGAAAGGCAUCAAAAAUAGUUUAACCCAAUUUGGGAGUUCUCCAGUUUGAGUCAUUUGAAUAGGGGAAGUUACGCAUCUAAAAUAGUAGAAGGGGGAAUUAAUACCAACAAAAUAUUAUGACGAGUAAAGCAGUAAUGAUGACAGAGGUUGUCAGUAGAGGUUGAGGUUUUUUUGAUUGCUUGAAAAAGUAGAUUAAAGUAAAAAUAGAGUAAAAACAUUUUUAAAAAUCCACAUUACAGGGAUUACAAGAAAAUGUAUUUGAUAGUGAGUAAUUGACAAACCAUUCAAGUAAGGCAUACUUUCCAGGUUUCGUAUCAUGGAGCAACUUGAUAGGAAAGAAGUCAUCGUGUAAAAAUGAGCAGGAACAAAAACCAGUGAGCUAUUCCUGCCACACGUUACAUAAAUCAUGAAAUAUGAAGUAUUAUACGAUAUGAACAUUUCAAAAAGGAAUUCUCAGCAAUGAAAACACUGCGUUGAUUAUCACAGCAGGGGGAGUGUUCCAGGAACGGGAGGGAGGAAGUGAUAAAACCAAUAGUUGCAAUAGCGCAUGUUGGAAGCCCGUCUUAUAUAUCAAAUCUUAUCAAAACCACCUCAUAGUAAUAUCUGGCAUGAACUGUGUUUAAGUGCCAGACAGCUGACAUCUACGAUAGUUCUACUUAUCUUACUGCGGUCCAGAUUCAGGCCGCAACCAAACAUUCGAAUCCUGCACAAAAGACACCAAGAGGGAAUCUACGCACCAUUAUGAGCUGAAUGCUCGAUGCUUCAAUAUCAACGCUAACACAAAAGUGUUUAGUUGAUUUAUUUGUAUAUAUCUUCAUAUUUUUUGUUUAUUCUUUUGCCGGUAUUUAGUCAGCAUGUAAGUGUUGGAUUAUUUACCAAGUAGGUGUUGGUUUUGCUAUAGAUCUUGUUUUAUAGAGGGACUUUAGAGAGGUUAUAACAUUCAGUCACUGAGACACAGGAAAAUACUUCAUUUGAUCACAGAAAACUGUCUGGCUGUCAAAUGAUAAGGGCUUACCUCAGUUACGUUAGCUUUUUGCUCCAUGGAAUUUACUGAAAUUCUGAAAUGCCUAUUCUGAUGAAAUCUUAACGUCAGUGCCUAAUCACCAACUUUUUAUUGAGAGAAAUAUGCGCACAGAAGGGAAACGUCUAAGCCAGAAAUAUCAGCUAAGAUGAAAUGAAGGGUAGUUGGAUUCAAAUGUGUCGUAGAUUUGAAGUGAAGAAAUGUACAAACUGGUCAUAUUAUCAUUUUUCCAAAUGGUUUUGUGGCAAGUUUAGUUAAGGGAAAACUGACUUGGGAAGAAAUUCCAUAUUUGAUUGUAUAUAUGAUAAUUGAUCAUUGUUGUACUCAAAUAAAUAUGAUCCUACAGGCUGUGUGAUCUGAGUGUAGUUUCCUUUUUUCAAGGAACGCACUAAUGCAAAGUCUUUCUUGACUAAUAAUAAAAAGAACCUGCGUAUCACUGUGACGAAAGAACAAGAAAAGCACUGAUUGAGACACAACCUCCAUUAAUUCAACUUGGCUUAAUAUCAUUGUGGACAUAUUUCAUGAGGACAGUAUGUGGGCAACUAGUGUGGCUAUUUUAGCGGGGAAAGUAUGGUAUACUCCUAAGAGUUUACUCGACAUGAAGCCAAUCUCUCACUGUGGGACUGAAACAAAAAAAUCCUCAUAAAAACUUUCCUUAUAAUCACUCUGCAUCUAUUUCAUUUAUCCCGAUGUGCAAAUCAGACCUUUGUGGAUUUCCCUCAAAACGAUUUGGCUAAUAAUAUCAUUGGAUUCCCCUCCAGAAUUUUUUACGUGUUGGAAACGUGUUUCAUUAUUGUUUCACUUUCUUUCAAAUAAUGACUUCCCUGGAAGUAAUUCCUGCUCCCGCUGGUCAUUUUAUGACCACAGACGGAUGCCGGAGCGGAUGUUUGACGCACCCGUGGAUUUCGUAGAGGUGGGGGGCAUAUCGGGAAACCCCUCCACUCUGCAGAAUAUAAAAAUGACAGCUCACGGCAGACACACAUCCACCUCCUCUGGCCCUCAGCGUCAUCAUCAGUGCAGACUCAACAAGUGGCUCCCAGCGGCUCAUCAUGCGCUCUCUCCUCAACCUGCUUCUCUCUGCGGCAACGCUGGCCGCUCUUCUGCCGCACGCAUCCGGGGCUGCGGUAGAAGACACGCCCACCGCGGCCCCGACAGGUGAGAGCUCAGGUGAGGAGGUGGAGGUGCUGCCCUCCGACCUUCUGAGCGCCUCACCGGUCUGGCACGCGGUGCUCGGCGUGACCAAGCUCCACAAGAAGGAGUUUGAAGACGAAUUUGAAAAUGUGGUGAAAUAUAAUUUUCUUGAGAACUACAAAGUCUUCUCAGUCCCAGAAAGAUGCCCUCACUCCAACUUCAGCAAGGAGGCUUGUCUCCACAGAAUGGCCCACGGCCUUCUUGUCUACACAGUUCUCCUGAAGCAUGUGGAGAAGGAGUACCCCGGCAGCUUGAUCUGCUCACUGGCCAAAUACUACAGCGGCCUCCUGAUCAACCUCUGCAAAGAAAAGAUGAGGAACCCGGACCAGGUGGCGGCACUGACCGACCGCCAGGAGGCCCAGCUGCUGAGGGGCCUCAACCUACCCAGCGCCUUCCAGAGGAAGAUGGCCGCCCACAGCGUCCUGCGCCAGCUCCACUACUUCCUGCUCGAUGGCAGGCGAGCCAUCGCUAAAAGGGAGAGGAGGAACGGAAGCGUGGGCUCUUUUCAGAUUCUGUAACGCAAAGUUUAAGAUGAGAUCAUUAGAAAGCGGUUGUUGCUGCUGCCUUUGGUGAGGGGAGAAUGUCGAGGGUCCAUGUUUCUCAAAAGUGCCCACUAUUGUGCCACUUAUUUAAACUAUUUAUACUUGGUAAAAAGUUAUUUAUUAAUCACAGAAAAAUCUAUGGUGGGCUCUGUGCACUAAAAUGCAAUUUUGCCCUGUAUUUUAUUUUUACUUGAGCAUUUCUAGGAAUGCAUUACGUUUUAUAAAACCAAAAGCAAUAGAUAUUAAAAGAAUCAUUUUAUUUAUUUAGAUUUAUUUAUGUAAGUAGUUCAACACAAGGUUUUGUUGAAUUGAAUAUAGUGUGAUGAGCUGUUUUGAAUGCACAUCACCAAUAAGUGCCUGGAAGGAAUGUUUUGUACUCAUGCAGAAAUAAAAAAAUAUCCAUUA